AUGGCGAAAGAAGAGCGUGCUACCCUUGUUCGACGCGCAAAAAUUCUUGGUGCUCCUGCCUCUCUUCGCUCUUCUAAAGAGUCACGAUAUGGUCGUCUGGCUAGACAUUUGGCUUUGCCUCCGACUGCCGGCAUGAAGGAGAUUCUGGAUAAGAUAUUGUCUGCAAAGAUGGCUACUCCUCUCAAACCAAAAAUUAUCGAGAACGGAUCUUGUAAGGAGAACAAGAUCUUUGGAGAUGACAUUGAUCUUACCAAAUUACCCGCUCCUUUGAUCCAUCAAGCCGAUGAACUUUGGAAAAAGGAAGGACGUGACGUUCCCUGGGCUCUCUGUUUCGGUGUGCCUCCUGCUGCUAUCAUGGCAUCUAGCAUGCCUCUGCCAGCUGGUGUCACCGAAGCAGAGUAUAUCGGUUCUAUGACUGGCACCGCUCUCGACCUCGUCAAAUGCGAGGCCAACGACAUGUUGGUACCUGCGAAUUCCGAGAUCGUAUUCGAGGGAACGCUCUCUAUUACAGAGACUGCUCCCGAAGGUCCCUUUGGCGAGAUGCAUGGUUAUGUCUUCCCUGGCGACACUCACCAAUGGCCCAAGUAUACUGUGAAUGCCAUCACUCACCGCGACGACGCAAUUCUUCCAAUGUCAGCUUGCGGAAGACUUACUGACGAGACUCACACCAUGAUCGGCCCCCUCGCCGCAGCGUCAAUUCGCCAGCUCUGUCAAGAAGCCAGCUUGCCCGUCACCGAAGCAAUGUCCAACUUUGAAUCCCAAGUCACCUGGGUAGCCCUCAAGAUCGACACAGCAAAACUCCGCGAGAUGAAGACCACGUCCAAGGAGUUUGCCAAACGAGUUGGCGACUUAAUUUUCAACGACAAAGUCGGCUACACGAUCCACCGCAUCGUGCUGGUGGGCGACGAUAUCGAUGUCUACAACUUCAAAGAUGUCAUGUGGGCAUUCUGCACACGCUGUCGUCCUGGCGAUGACGAGGUCUUCUUCGACGACGUCAAGGCUUUCCCAUUGAUCCCUUACAACUCGCAUGGCGCUUUCAAUCCCGGAAAGGGUGGCAAAUUUGUUAGCGAUGUUCUUCUGCCUGUCGAGUAUACUACUGGUGCCGACUGGCAAGCCGCUGACUUUUAA